UUGCUCAUUUAUCUUGGCUACUUCCCUGAGAAAGCUUGCUGGCAAGCCAUGGAGUCAGCGAAUCUGCAGGCCGCGUCUUCCUACAUUAAUAAUGUUCUGUUGGCUCGAGGGUUGCUGAAAGGUGGCCAGCCGAUCGACUUUGCGGACCCCGACAAUGAAGAUGGAGGGAGUCCAGCGACGAUGGCGCGGGUCAUCAACCUGGUGAACGACUUGGUUCUGAGGAGAGACCGAGAAGCCGAACACCGCGAGAGUCUGGCGACGACCAUCCGAUCCCUCCGCGCAGAAGAGUCCCAGAAAGCGAUGGAAAUCGAAAAAGUUCGGACGAAAAACUCCGAGUUGUCCCGAUCGCUCGCGCUGACAGAGGCUCAAAGCCGGUCGCUCAAAUCGAAUACCUCCAAAGCUGAGGCUACUGUUCGCGGCCUUAAGGAACAAAUCCAGCGCAUGAAGACCACCCUGCAACAAGUGCGUGGCCAAUGCGCCAAUGACGUCCGCAAACGCGACCUGGAGAUGCAGAAGUUGAAAUCAUACCUGGCCGAGCGACAGCGAGGGAGGCGCGAGGGGUUGGCUGUCACGACCAUCAACAUCAACCCAGCGGGCGACCGGGGUUCGAAGACGAGGAGCAUGAUGGGCGGGGAUGGAGUCCACAACCCGGGAUACAGCCUGAGGCAGGAAACCAACGAUUUCCUGACGCAGCUCUGCCAGAACCUCAGUGAUGAGAACGAUACCCUGAUCGCCCUUGCUCGCCAUACCAUCCACAUCUUGAAAGACCUGCAGGGACUGCCCGAGUUCGAGGACGAGGACGAAUCCGGAAUGGCCAGCGUCAACAGCCAGCGACAGUCGCAUGGCCCGGUGGCUUCGCUGCCGUCGUCGUGCGAGGAACUGACGGAGCAGAUUGAGCAGGUGCUCGGUCAUCUGCGCACCCUACUGACGAACCCAUCCUUCGUGCCACUGGAGGAAGUUGAGGUGCGCGACGACGAGAUCAAGCGACUGCGCGAAGGCUGGGAGAAGAUGGAGAGCCGAUGGCGACAGGCCGUGACGAUGAUGGACGGGUGGCACCAGCGCAUCGCCGAGGGCGGGGGAUCCGUGCAGGCCGAGGAGCUGCGACGGGGUAUGACUCUCGACUUCAGCAUCGGCUCGGCAACCGACGUGUCCAUGGAGCAGUACCACGAUACCGAGCAUCCGCCGAUCUUCGAAGAUCAGGAGGCGGAAGAACAGGCGGGAGCUGAGAAACCGGCUCCGGAAGAGAAGCCCGACGAACAGAUCCAUGCCCAGCGCCCGAGCCGCGCGCUCACAGAGCGCAGUGACAACGUUCGACCACGACGGUCCAUGCGCAAGGUGUCCUUCAUGCAUGCCUCUCCCGAGAACAACCACACCAAGAACGACACGUUGCCGGUCAAGGCGCACUGCUCGGAAACCGUGACGCGACGAGCGUCCAGGAGGAAGUCGGAGGCGCAGCCAUCUCCCAAGCCGGCGCGAGCCGUAAAACCCCGAUCUGCGCGCCAAGAGGCUGAGGCACCGGAGCGGAAAACCAACGACGAGCUAAGCGUGUCGCAGAAGCUCGCCGCGGCGGAGAGUGAGGCGCGGGCCGUCGAGCAAGAAAGCAAGACGCGCAAGCGCACCCGAGGGACGAAGAGCAAGGGGCGCCAGGACCGACGACGCAGUACCCUCACGCACGACGAACUGGGCGAGCUCCUGGGGAUGUCAACACGUUGA